ACUUGAAUUUCCGGAUUUGUUUUCUUAAAGAUUAAAAUUGUCUUGAUGAAUGGAAUGCAUCUCACAGACAGUCCUGCACAUGGCAAUGCAGUGACAUGGACUUCCCAGAGGCAAAUUUCCCAAAUCAGUCUUCUCAGACAACAAAAAGACACGAGGUUUUCUACGAGUAUGGUUCUCAUGGCAAUGUAGAUGUUGGUAGCCAUUAUGGACAAAAGAAUGAUGUAUUUUUCCAGAAGGUCCCAGAGGGUUUCCAGAGAAAGGAGGAUAAUUUGUGUGCCAGACGACCAACACUACCUCUCUUGUCUAGACCAGAAAGUGUGUGCACAAACAACACAAAUGAUCUUAUGAAGGAAAUAUUAAAAAAUCAGGAAGAAGCUCUAAAUUUCAAAAAGCUUGUAAAGCUUUACAAUUUUAAAAAUCACACAUUGUCAGACAGAGUAAAAUGGCAGAUAAGAUCCUAUUAUUCAUCGUCGACUCAGACUAGGGGAGGAGAAAAAGAACUACGGAACGGCCUGCUACAGAAACUGACUGAACAGUACCAAAAAUACCGUGAACUGUCUGAUAUUUCUAAAACAAACUCUGAGUAUGCAGGUGGCUGUGUGUCAUAUCUUCGGAGUUCAAGGUCGUCUGAUAAAAAAAACACAGAUGUACGUCUGGUGUCUGCAGCAGGAAACAAUUUCUCACAGCUCAGAAUCACGCAUAUCCAAAUAGACCACAAAGAGUUGACUUUGAGUCCAACCCAUCAUGAGAUUUUGGAAGACUCGCCUGUCAGAGAGGUUACUUCUAGGUGUGUCUCAGGUGUAGAACACAUAGCUGUUCGAGGUCUCAACACAUGCAGGCUUUACAGUAAUGGCCAUGACGGUGGUUCAUUUACAUCAGUAGAAGUAGCUGAUUUCUCUCCACAACAGGGAUAUCCAACCUCUGUUUGUUUAAGUAAUUACAUACCUGGUGAUUGUUUGGUCUCCAUGACAACUGGAGCUGUGUAUCUGUGGUCUCCAGAUAAUAGACUUACAAAAGUAAUAGAAGACAAGCCCACCAGGUUUUCAUGUACAUUACCAUGGCGACGGGCUGAGUUUGGAGCACAUCCCCGUGAAGUUGUUGCAUCUGACCCAACUGUUGUUCAACUGUUUGAUGUCAGGCAGAGUUCCAGAAAGCCUGGUGUUGACCUAUUUGCCCUGCCUAGUCCACUGUUGAUGAUGGGGGAGAGGAUACACAUAUCGACGCAGUCUACAGCCUCUGAGUUUUACCACUUUGUGGCUUGUGAUUACAGCCUCUUCCUGCUCGACCAGCGAUUCCCUUCAACACCGGUGCUAAGUUGGAAACACAUGUUGGCCAAUCCACCCCAGUACUUGGAAGGAGUCAACUUUCCAACAAGAGAUCACAGCCUCCUUUUGAUAUGCAGUCAGAGUCCUCCAGAAGUUUGCUGCUACAAUUACAAGUGUAGUUCAGGGAAGGCAGCUCAAGCUUUGGGAGCACCCUGGCGUGUGUCUAGAAUUGAUGAUGUUUUCCACCAUGGGUCUGUAUGUGGAGGUACAGCAGAGAUCGUACUGACAGAGAGGUUCAACACGUCACUGACUGGAAUAGCCACAGUGCCUCUGGACGAUGGUUUCUUUGCUGUCCAGAUGGACAGCUAUGGAGAAAUAUUUUACCAGGGGUACCAAUUCUCUGGUGAGGUACAUGACAAAACCUGCUCCACGGAGAGAGAAAUCCAAUCUUGGGACGACAUCACCAUCAAGAAGGGUCUCAAAUGGAUCUCAAGAUAUGUUAAAAAAAGCAAAGAAAUGGCGAAAGACAAAAAUAACAAACAAAUCCUGACACCGCAAACAAAUUAUGUUCGUACAAAUCUAUCUCUGGCAAAGCAGCCCCACAUCAGUUGUCCACUUUGUCACCCAGAGGUGGAGAAAAUUGAUGCUGACACUGACCAUUGUCCAGCCUGUCAUCAGAGUUUGACCACUGGCCAACAGCUGGUACAAGCAGGCAAGAGAGUGGUUAGAUACCAGCCAGAUGGUAUCAGACACUGGGGAGAUCGAUACAAGUCAAAGGAAUACCUGUGGGAGACUCCGCAUAAUACACAAAACUCUGGAAAUCUCAAGGAAAUGCCUGAAUCCUCGACCAGAGGGACAAAGGAGAGCUUUCCAAAAACGAAUGCCCUGAGUAAAAUCUUGGUAGCCCUGUGGGAGGAAGAGAGUCCUGACCUUACUGCUCUGUUACUAGAGAAGGAUGAAGAAGUGAAAAAAAAGAAGGAGGAAAAUAAAGAAAAGAGGCUGAAUAAGUCCAACAGAGUUGAAAAUGAUGACCAGCAGUUGAUCAGAAAUCUUCAACAAGCUGUGGAAGGUGGAAAUCUACCACCAGCCAGGGACUGCGGGAGUGGUAAUAUGGAAUUGAUAAACAAUAGGGAAUCAGAUGGAGAAGACAGUGAUGCUAGUUUCCAUAGACUGUUUGGUAUUGAGACAUUGAGAGAAGAUGAAGAUCUCCCAGAAAAUGUUUCUAACUCGUCCAGUGUAACAACCGGUGCUGUGCUGGAAAACUUAGAAAACACAGAUUUCACAAAGGUACAUUCUCGAAAAAAGAGAAAAAGACGUUCAUCUUCAGAGAGUUUCUUUUCUAAUAAUUCAAAUCAGGAUGUUAUAAGACAAUCAACAAAUGACUUGGAAAAUUUCUCUUCGGACAAAAGUUAUAGAGUGACUCAAUCAACUGAUGGUUAUAUUGAAAACAUAGAUGAAGGGGAUAGUCAAUUCUUUUCACAAGAUAUUGCUCAGUCUUUCACCAUGUUUUCAGGGUCCUUGCCAAAUAAGACCACUCCUAUACAUAACAACUCACAAUUGACUUCUUUUACUCCAAGACUUCAGCAGGAUGGCGCAAUUGAUUCUCCUAAAACAGACUGGAAAUCUCACAAGAAAAAAAGGAGAAUGAAUCUAGGAUUUUAACUUAACUUAAUCAGAGGACUCAUAACUGUUUUUUAUCGAGUAAUCUGGCAUUUCUCACUUAGCCGAGUCACCUACAUGUUAUUUAUUUAUCCUAUUCACAUUUAUCACUUGGACUGCGUAUGACAACAAAUAUACGUGAACAGGGCGACUAGAACCACCUCUAAUAGAAUACACUAACAAAGGUAUUCAUCAUACACCAACAUAUCACUCCUCCGUUCAACUCGGACACAAUGCUCUCACGUCAACUCCGGACACGCGGAUCACCACUCCAUGACGUCACAGCAUUAUCUUGGUGAACUCAUUAUUACAUCACCUACGUCACACUUCGUCUCACAAGAGACAAGAUACACAUUGACUGUACAGCUUGAACGCUAUAGUCGCCAAGAUAACACAGCAACACGCUGACUGGUAAAUGGAACAUUCAACACAUGCAACAAUCGCAUCAAAUUACGGAACAUACCGAGACAUACACAUUUACCAACGGAUGGAACCAAGCCAGCUUAUGUCUCUUCAUUAGCCAUUCCAUCUCCCCGUAACAUGAACCAUUCUUUUUCCUUUUUUAUAUGCAAACAACACACAUAAACUUUAAAAACUUAAAACAAUUUUCCUAGAGCAACAUUGCGUCACCCUGCGUCACCCUACGCCACCCUACGCCACCAUACGCCAUCCUGCGUCACCAUACGCCACCCUGCGUCACCCUGCGUCACCAUACGCCACCCUACGCCACCCUGCGCCACCCUGCGCCACCCUGCGUCACCCUGCGCCACCCUGCGUCACCCUGCGCCACCCUAUACAACUCUAUAUAAAGGACUGCAGACUCCGCUCACUUUACCUCUGAUGAGUAACGUCUUAGUGACAAAGCAGGUGACAGGUAUUAUACGAAAUGGACAAUAUGGUUCCCUUCACUACAUGGACAGCACGUUAGUUUUUUUUUUCUCAGUCAGUUUUUUUUACCAACAUGUUAUAGAUUAUAUACGAUCCCCCAGACUUAUGAGUUAUUCAUGGAAACUGUGACCUCCGUCAAAACGUCUUUUUCUAAUUUUUAUUUUUAUAUUUUUGUACAUGUAUUGCAAUUAUUGCGGAUCACACAAUUGUUAGAAUUUUUAGGUCAUCUUACUGGAAGGGUCAGUAUGAAACUUAUUUAGAACUGGUGAUAAUAUUCCAACUUCUUUUGAAAGAGAGAUUUAAACAACUAUUGACCAUAAACCUAUUACUUGUUAUGUUUUUGUGUAAUCAGAAUUUUAAGUAGUAAAAGUGAAUUGUUAAUAUGUUUUAUACACUUUUUUAAAAUCUGCAAUACUAGAGUGGAAGUUUUAUUUAUAAAAUCUUUAUUUGUCAACUGUUAAUUAAUGCCAGGACAUGUUCUGGAUUGUUCUCUGUCAUUUCUGUUCAUUGAAUUUUCAUUCUCAUUACACCUUCUUUCUAAUCUCUCUUUCUAGAACUCUUUACCAAAAUUCCAUAUAAGUAUACCUCACAGGUGUGUGCAAUUUUUUUAUGGAAUUUCAAAAAACUUAAUGCUCUUUUGUUAUUUUUUGAUAUCAAGUUUGUCUGCAGACUUACUUCCUAUUUCAUGUUUAUUGGACAAAAUUGCCAAAAUAUCAAAUAGAGUUAUGUCCCCUAGGCCAAUUACCUUCCAUGCUCAUGCUAUCCUUGGGAAGGCACUGUAAGGCAGUGUCACCAAGUUUUGUAUAUUAAACUAGUGACAUGACCACAAUCUGUAGGUUAAUCAAUGAGGGUUCACGGUUCAAACGAAAAGCCGGUAAUCUAACUGGACAAGCAGCCUCUUCAGGAGCAAUAGGAUAAUUUAAAAUUUGUCAUAGGAAAUAUUAAAAAAAAUAUGGGUUAUCCCCAAGCAAAUGGGUAAUUUUCAGAACCUCACUAUAAUAAAUCUUGCUUUGAGUAAAAGUUAUAUUGAGGAAAUCAUGUUUUUAAUUCCUAGUGAUACUUAUUUUCAGGCUUCUUCCUCAUAUACAGUUAUGUUUCUUGAAUCAUUUUGUUACCAAUGUUUUCCUACAGAAUGCUUUCUCAACAGAUACUGAUUCACCUUGCUUGGAAUGACUGACCAAAUAUUUCUAUGUUUUGAAUGAACAAUUGACACUAAUCGUUAAUUACCUCAUCAAUAUUAUGAUUUGAUACAUGACAGACACAGGCAAAAAACCUCUGUCCAUCUCAAAUAAUUAUAUAAUAACUUAUGAUAACUUAGAAUGUUACAUGGUCAUCCUUUUGACUUAUCUAAUAUUGUAAGGAAUAAAGUGAUAAACAAAGCACUCUAAAUGUG